AUGGGGAUCACGACAUCAUCGAGUUCUCAAUUCGACCAAUUCCUGACACAAGUGGGAUAUGCGCGGAAAGAACGAGUGAUGGAGAAGGAGUUAGAUGCUUUAUUCGAGCCGAAACUCGAAGAGUCGUUCGCAGAUAGGGAAACGGAAUCACAUGAGAGGUGGUCCAUGCAAAGAAUCAUUCAUGGCCUAUGGAUGAAUGCAGGAAGGAAGCUGGAAUUCCCAGUGAAAAGUGUAGAGAGAACCCCUUGA